AUGCGGGUGCGCAUCUCGCCCAGCUCUUCUGCACUUUUGCAACCGUCCGUUCCUGUCCGAGCAUCGACAGCUUCACUACCAGCUGUUUGUCCGUGGUGCUCGACGAGAUCACACAGUUCUCGAGCUCGAGAGUCGAGACGACACUUUUCCUCAUCUCAGCAAUCACCUUCAGCAUGGGCGGCCGCAGUGUCCAAAAUCCAGUCCACCGUCGCCGACGUCUUGCCCUCGUCCGGGUCCUCGAACGCGACCAGUAACGUCACCAUCGACCCUCUCAAGCUUGUGGCGAAGGAACUCAAGUUCUUGAACAAAAAUAUCCGCCAGCUACUCGGCUCGGGUCACCCUGUGCUCGCCACAGUAGCAAAAUACUACACGCAGAGCGAGGGCAAGCAUGUGCGUCCACUGCUGGUACUGCUCAUGGCUCGAGCGACCGCCUUUGCCGCGAAACAACCGCGCUACGAAUCGCAAAACCUGUCUCGAUCGACCAUCGAUACGCCGAUCUCCUCCCCGUCGGUCUUGUACGACAACAACCCAGAUCAAGCUGCGGCCUCUGAACCUCCCUCCCCGCUCACGUCCACAUCCAACGAAACCUAUGCCUUUCCUGACGACGCAUCCAUACUGCCCUCGCAGCGCCGCCUCGCGGAAAUAACAGAACUCAUCCACACUGCCUCCCUCCUACACGACGACGUGAUUGAUCACAGUACUACCCGCCGCUCCGCUCCUUCCGCCAACACCACCUUUGGAAACAAAAUGGCCGUCUUGGCCGGCGAUUUCAUGCUCGGCCGCGCAUCUGUGGCUCUGGCCCGUCUUCGAGACCCCGAGGUCGUUGAGCUUCUCGCCACAGUCAUCGCAAACCUCGUCGAGGGCGAAUUCAUGCAGCUCAAGAACACCGCCAGCGACGAGUCCAAUCCCCGGUGGAACGAACAGGCCAUCACGUACUACUUGCAGAAGACAUAUCUCAAGUCAGCUAGCCUCAUAAGCAAGAGUUGCAGAGCGGCUGCUCUGUUGGGCCAGUGUGCGCCUAGCGUUGUCGAGGCCGCGUACCAGUACGGCAAGAAUCUUGGUCUUGCGUUCCAGCUUGUGGAUGAUAUGCUGGACUACACAAUCAGCGCUGGGGAGCUCGGUAAGCCGGCCGGCGCAGAUUUGGAGCUAGGUCUUGCCACCGCGCCGCUCUUGUUCGCUUGGAAGGAUCGACCAGAGCUAGGCCAGCUUGUGGGGCGCAAGUUUUCUAAAGAGGGCGAUGUACAGAGGGCGCGAGAAAUCGUCUUGCAGUCCGAUGGUCUCAAACAGACCAGAGCUCUCGCCCAAGAGUACGCGGACAAGGCCAUAAGUAGUAUUAGCUUCUUCCCGCCCGGCGAAGCCAAAGAUGGCCUCGAGGAGAUGUGUGUCAAGGUGAUGAAACGGAGGAAGUGA